AGUGGAGGAAGAAUUUAAAAGGACACUGAUAGCCCAGGGGAAGGGGGAAUGAGCUGCAUGUGGCACCAGGCAACAAGGCUGGUGCUGAGAGCUUUCCCAGGAGUGGCAACAGCUUUGCGAGGGUUUCUCCAGCCGCAGGGACUUGGAUUCCUCCCCACCCCUGCCCCUUUGGGAGAUGAAAGCCUAAGAGAGAUGGACGGACUGAACUGGACACAGAGACAGAGGGAAGUCUGCUAAGCCAGCGACGGUGCCCCAAACUGAGGAGCUCCAGAUGGGCUGAGCUCACACCUUGCUAAAUUCCGGCACCAGCCACAAGCCUUGGGGGAGCUGAAGGGAAUGAAACUGCUGGCUGCCUGCUUCAUGUACCUGCUGCUCGCCUGUCUGACCCUGCCCAAAGUCGAAUGCCGACUCCAUGAGCGAUCCAUGGAAAUCAGGAACCCUGAUAUCGACCCUUCCUGGUACACGGGGCGUGGGAUCAGACCUGUGGGACGGUUUGGCCGGAGGAGAGCAGUCGUGGAGAGCUCCCGGAAGUCGGGCUAUGGACACAGGCAAGCUUGCUUCCCUCUAGAAGAAAGCAGUGAAUCCAUUCAAGAUGAAUGAAAUGGCUAAGACAAAGAAUGAAUUUGAGUGAUGAUAAGAAAAGACCCUUCUCCUCUCUUCCUUCCACAUCCCAGCCUCUCUUCUAGGCAAAUGAAAAUGUUUGGUCUCAUUUCAGUGUAUCUUUGUGGCUAUAAAGUAUAGAAACCAAAGAGCAGUUGAUAACUCCAGUAUUUUUGCAGACAAUUUCCCUCUUGUCUGUUUUUUCUUUUUCUCUCCCCUGUUCCCCAUUUGUCCCCCAUUUCUGGCUUUUGCUCUCAGUCUAAGAUGAUUUACACCAGAAAGUUGCUGGGGGAAAGAAAUACAAAUUCCCAUGUUAAUUCUCUUCCUAGAACAUGGGCUCUUUUAUACAAACCAAAAUAA